AAUAAUUCGAAACAAAAAAAUAAUUGUGCCAAGACUGACUGAAAAAAAUAUAUAUUUAACAAAAUCUUGUUCUUUUUUAAUCGCGUUGACUUUUAUUUGACCCCUUUUGCAAAAUCCACACUUAAUUUAUUUAACCUUUCCCCAAUCCCCUGUAUUUGCUUUUGGAAGAAGUUAGUUGUCUAGCUUGCUUCCCUCUUUAGGUUAUCCUCACUAAUUUUUAUUUUAAUUAAAUUGACCAAAUUUGACGUAAACUAUUUAUUUUAUGUAAAUCGUUUUUUUAAUUGACUGCACUUCAAGUGUUUUUCUCUCCCCACCGCUUUUCCCAUUGACUGGUUUAUUAUUCGCGUGUAAAUAUUUUACGUUUUCGUUACGACUUUUCCUCGAACAAAUUCUUGUGUUUUUUUUAAUAUUUCUACGUAAUUUAUUUUUUUUUUUUUUUGGACUGAAACCGUUUCGCGUCGUUUUUUUAUUAUUUAUUCAAAUUAUUUGUUUCUUUUGUUAACAACAUACGAUUUUGUAAUUUCGAACAAAAACAAAUUUCUGCAAGUGCAGUAACAUUUUUUCUACUACACAUAAACAACACAUUUAUUUAUCUACUGUCUAUUCACAACGACAUAUAUAUCUUCUUGGCGCUUCUAUAAAACAAAACGACUUACAUCUAUUUUCAACAUCUACGUAAAUUCGAGCAUCAUGAUAUCCUGUAUUAAUAAACUUGUAUAUCCAACCGCAGCCACAGUGGCUGCGGCAUCGGCGGCUGCAACACUGGCCUCAUCGAGCGGUGCUCCCAGCGAGACACAAAGUGAAAUUUCAUCGGUGGACAGUGAUUGGAGUGACAUUAGAGCGAUAGCAUUGAAAUUGGGUGUUUCGAAUCCAGACGAUUUGCAUACGGAACGUUUCAAGGUUGAUCGACAAAAAUUGGAGCAAAUGAUAAAAGCUGAUAGCUCCAUAGAGGGUAUGAAUGGAGCUGAGUACUUUUUUGAAAGCGUUAUGAAAACUACUGAAACCUAUAUAAGCUGGCCUUGUAGACUUAAAAUUGGAGCUAAGAGUAAAAAGGAUCCCCAUGUACGCAUUGUGGGAAAAGCCGACGAAGUGGCUAAAGCUAAAGAACGUAUUUUAGCUAGUUUAGACUCAAGAGGCACCCGUGUCAUUAUGAAAAUGGAUGUCUCCUACACCGAUCACUCCUAUAUUAUAGGACGUGGUGGCAAUAACAUCAAACGCAUAAUGGAAGAGACUGCAACCCACAUACAUUUCCCCGAUUCGAAUCGUUCGAAUCCAACGGAAAAAUCCAAUCAAGUUUCUUUAUGCGGUUCCUUGGAGGGUGUAGAAAAGGCCAGAUCUCUGGUGCGUUUAUCUACACCACUGUUGAUAUCAUUCGAAUUGCCGGUAAUGGCAGCAGGACGUCCCCAACCGGAUAGGGAUACACCAUAUGUAACGAUGGUCGAGCAGAAAUAUAAUGUGCAGGUCAUUUUCUCAUCUCGUCCGAAAUUACACUCAUCCCUGGUCUUGGUUAAGGGUUCAGAAAAAGAAGCCGGACAUGUUCAAGAAGCUACACAAACGUUGAUAAAUUUUUCAUGUGAAAAUAUUGCGAGUCAAAUUUUAGUUAACAUGCAAUUGGAGAUAUCGCCACAGCAUCAUGAAAUUGUUAAAGGAAAAAAUAAUACCAACCUAUUGAGUAUUAUGGAGCGCACAAACACUAAAAUAAUCUUUCCCGAUCUAUCUGAUAUGAAUGUUAAACCAUUGAAGAAAUCUCAAGUGACUAUAACUGGGACCAUAGAAGGUGUCUAUAAGGCACGACAACAAUUACUUGGUAAUUUACCGAUUGCCUUAAUAUUUGACUUUCCCGACAAUCAAAACGAUGCCUCUGAAAUAAUGAGCCUUAGCACUAAAUAUGGCGUUUAUAUAACGUUGCGCCAGAAGCAAAGACAAAGCACUUUGGCCAUUGUUAUUAAAGGAGUCGAAAAGUUUAUAGACAAAAUCUACGAAGCCCGUCAGGAGAUUUUACGUUUGACAACACCCCUGAUUAAGCCGGACAUACCGGAACGAUAUUUUAUGCCGCAGGACAAAGAUUUCAAUUUGGUCUAUCGCACCACAUUGACAGCAUUGUUGGCUGGCUAUAACGAAAGUCCGAAGGCACUCAAUGUAAUGCCGACCACAACCGGACACCUAACGUCUUUGUCCCCCUAUGGCAACAAUAAUAAUUUGUUGCUUAACAAUAACAACAACAACAACAAUAAUCUUUUGAACAACAACAAUAAUAAUAACAAUGCAAAUCUAAAUCAGUUGAAUCGACAACAAUUUGGUGGUCUUUAUCCCACCACACCGACGGGCAUUUGCUCGCCAACGCAAAAAUAUUUACAGAUUCAUAAUAGCAAUUAUGCUAGGCAACAACAACAACAACAGCAGCAAAUUCCACCACAGCAACAGCCACCACAUUUGCAACAUCAGCAUCACAAUAACAACUAUUUGCAAGUACUGCAACAGCAACAACAACAACAGCAGCAGCAUCACCACCACCACCCACAGCAGCAACAGCACCAACAACAAACACAAAUGCAGCCACCCACUCACAUCAUCCAUCAGCAGCAGCAACAACAACAACACAUACCCCAAACACAUAAUAUAUCGCCACGUAAUAGCUGCAGCAACAACACCAGUGGCUAUCAAAGUUUCAGCAGCAGUACAACAUCACUGGAACAGGCCUAUCCUCCGUUUGGCAAUGCCUUGGGUGUAAAUACCAACAACGGACCAAAUGGUCCAUCUUUGCUCAAUGGCAAUAGGCCAUCACCAUUUUCACCGGAUUCCAAUUAUAGCAGUGAGGCUGGCUGCAGCCGUUUGGGUAGGCGCUCCAGUGAUGGUGUCCUCUUGGGCUUGGGCGCUUCAGGACCCAUUGGGCCGAUGGUACCCGGUAGCGCUGAAAGUUAUCGUAACUCUCACUAUGACUUGAAGCACAAUCGGACUUUUGAUUUUGACAUUAAGCGCGCUAUGGGUUUCAAGGCCAUGGAACGACCCCCUGUUGCUGGGGAAUUGCGUACACCCACACCCAGCUGGAUGGGUAUGGGUUUGAGUCGCACCUCGCCGGUACCCUUUGAAACUGUUGACGAUUUAUCACCUUGGCAUCGUGGACCAACUGGCUGUACGACAGGUCUAGGAGGCGGAGCUGGCUCCCUUGUCUCUCCAUAUGGAUUGGGUGCAACAACGGGUAUUGUUGACUCAACACCAACAAAUCGUCGUCUACAAUUGACUCAAUACAAGGAUAUACAUACCCUGCUGACAGCACUGGGUCUGGAACAUUACAUCAAAAUUUUCGUUUUAAACGAAAUCGAUUUGGAAAUGUUUAUGACCCUCACCGAGGAAAAUCUCAUGGAAUUGGGUAUAACAGCCUUUGGGGCACGCAAGAAAAUGCUGGUUGCCAUACACACAUUGCAGGCCAACGAGGCAACCACAUCCACCAUGCCACAAACAUCAUCGAAUGCCUCAUCGCCACGAUUUUCGGGAUCUGCUGCACCGGGUGCUGAACGUAGACCCUCAAAUCAGUGGUAGAUCAUAAAACAACUGAUCCCUUUUUCGGGACUUGAAUUGUAAAAUUUUAUUUUCAAAGUCUCCGUAAUAUUGAAACAUUACAGUGGAAAUUUAGAGACCCGGGUUCUUAUAAAUAUUUAAUAUUGCAAUUCAAGUCUUUUUUAUAUUUUUAUUUCUCAUUAUUUUUUCUUUUGUAUCUCUUAAUAUUGCAUGCCUUAUAUAGAUAAUUUCUAACUAAAUUAUUAACUUUUGAAUUCAGUGAAAUAUUUAAAAACUCAAAAAAAAAAAACUUUUUUCCCCAUUUGAACAAAAAUCCUUAAAAAAAGACUCUCUUACAUUGAAAUCCUGUAGAAAAAAACUACCUUUUUAACUACUCCAACAUCUCUACACAAAACGUAUGGUUUGUGAAGUAACCAAUCGACUGUUGUCUUAUGAAAUUUAAUUAAUAAAUUUUAUAUUCUCUAACUUACAACUAACUAAAAAUAAAAUAAUAACAACAAAUCAACGCGAACCUUUCUUCCGAAUCUCACAAAAAUGACUUAUACUCGUAUUUGUACACAAAUUUCUUUAAAAUAGACAACAGUUUGGUUUUCUUUACAACGCGUCAGUGUAGAGACCAAAUUGAUUUUCUUUUGAUCUCGAAGUCUUUACCAUUUUUUUUCUAUUUAUUUAAUUUAUUUUCUUUGUAUUUAUUAUAUUUUUUAUUUUUAUUAUUUAUUAAUAUUUUUUAUUAUGUAUUUAUUAUUUCCUAUUUUUUUGUAACCAAGUAUUAUUUUGAACUUUGCCACUUUAUCAAUCAUCAACCCAAUGAACUUUGAAAUUUUGAAACACACAUUUGUAUGAUUUUGUAUUAUUAAGCUGUAACUACUAUUCGAAAAAAAACAA